CUGCGCACGGCCACUGCCCUCCUCGUCUUCCCGUUCUUUUGCUGAUCUUGUACCAAGAAUGAUGACGCAAGUCUAUCCGCGAGAAAGCCGCCUGAUAGUUCUGGAGCCGGGCACAUUCCAAACAAAGGCAGGUUAUGUAGAUCAAGCAACGCUCUCCGUGGUGAAUGUACCUUCAAUAGCAGGAGCGAAAGUCCGACGACGUCAACAAAAUGCUGCAGAAUCCUUACUCGCCGAUAGCAUAAGCGCAAAGACCACGGAAGAUGCAGUGAAAGAGGAACCGACUCCAGAGGACACUGCAACGCCAAUGGAAAUUCAAGAACCGCCUAGCUCAGCGGCAAGUGUUACGGAGACAGGUGUAGAUGAAUCCAAUGAGGUUGAAGAAGAGGAGUUUGAGACAGUGUAUGUUGCGGGGGCCUCCCUCGCGACUGAACAAGCUGAGCCAAAGGAUACGCCAGAAUGGAAGGUGGUGAAACCAAUUCGGAAUGGAUUGGUAGAAGAUUGGGAUGCUCUUUCUGGAUUAUGGCAGCACAUUCUUCUCCGGGAAUUGCCAACCGCGAUGAAACGCUCGCGCAACGAUUGGUCUGUUAUGCUUACGGUUCCCAUGUCCUGGAGCAAAGAAGAUCAUAAACGUGCGACACAGAUAAUGUUUGAAGACAUGAACAUUUUGGCAUUUUCCAUAAUUGAGCAACCACUUGCUGCUUUGUACGGCUGCAACGUCACGACUGGAUUGGUCAUUGAUAUCGGCCACGAGACUACAGAUGUUACGCCGAUCAUUGACAACAUCAUCAUAAGACACGCCUACAAGACUAUUCCACUCGGGGGACGUGAUAUAGAACAUCGAAUGGCGCAACUACUUAGAGAGGAUGUGACUACAAUGGCCGAACUGGGGGACAUUGGCAUGAAUGAGGAUAUAGCGCGUAUCAUCAAGGAAUCUGAUGCAUGUGAGGUCAAGCCACAGAGCGGAUGGAGCGCGGAGGGGGAGGAGCAAAGAGUGACCGUAGAGGUCAAGGGGAAACAGAUCAGCAUCGGUUCAGCGCGUCAUCGAUCAACGGAUAUCCUCUUUGAUCCAAUCGCCGCCGGAAAGCAUACAUUGAGCAUCCAAGAAUUGUGCUAUCUAGCAGUGACGGAGGCUUGCGAGCCAGAAAGACGGACGUCUUUGUGGGACAAUUUGGUGCUCACAGGUGGAUGCUCACUGCUCAAAGGAGUGAAACAGCGCCUGGAGGCAGAAAUUGGAUCACUUAUUGCAGCUUCAGAGACUUCCAAUGAGUUCCAGGCGAAAGAUAUCAAGUGGGUCAAUAUGCCAGACUAUUUUACCGCGUAUAAGGAUAGGCUACAAGACGCUUCUUAUGUUGGAGCGUCGGUCGUCGCAAAGAUCAUCUUCUUGGGAUCAUCAUUCGGAUAUCUGACAAAGGCUGAUUACAAUGAGAUUGGUCCAGCAGCAAUUUAUCUGAAGGCGUAAGGUGGCAGCUGGAUCUCUCACUCCUGCAUGUAUAGAGUAGAGCGACGAAUGAUUGUAUAUACGAAUAAUAAAUUUAAUUAAAACGGUU